AUCUGGCUGGCCGAGAGGGUUACCACACACUGAGAGGACAGAGCUGUCCUGUUUGAGGAGGGACUGAGAAGAAAAGGAAGAAACAGAAAGAGGACAAAGGGACUUCUUUUUGCACUGUGCGGGUCAGCUGCUGAGUCUCGGCUUCAGAGGUCGUGUAUGAUGCUUUUGGCUGAUGAAAAGAAAUCACCAAAGAAAUGAGUUUGGGGGCAGCGUGCAUUUUCUUGCGAGGAGGGAAAAAUGUGUCAAGACAACUGGCUGAUGAUGAGAUUGAUGAGCUGCGUGAUGCAUUCAAUGAGUUUGAUAAAGACAAGGACGGGCUGAUCACCUGUAAGGACCUUGGGAAUCUGAUGAGGACGAUGGGCUACAUGCCCACGGAGAUGGAGCUGAUCGAGCUGGGUCAGAACAUCAACAUGAAUCUUGGUGGCAGAGUUGACUUUGAGGACUUUGUAGAGCUGAUGGCCCCGAAGCUUCUGGCAGAAACGGCUGGGAUGAUUGGCAUGAAGGAGCUCAAAGACGCUUUUAAAGAGUUCGACAUGGACGGAGAUGGAGAGAUCACAACAGAGGAGCUGCGGUCCGCCAUGAAUAAACUGAUGGGAGAACACAUGAGCCAAAAAGAGAUAGAUGCAAUAGUAAAAGAAGCAGAUGACAACGGAGAUGGCACAGUAGACUUUGAAGAGUUUGUCAGAAUGAUGUCCCGUCAAUGACACAGGAGGAGGCCGUCACUCAAGAAAAAUACCUUUGCACCUCAACAGACAUGUGUUAAUAUUUAUGCUGUCUUUCUAUGAUGCUCUAUGACUGAUUAGCUUGUACAUGUUAAGAACAAAUAAUAUUAAUAUCCAUAUUAAAUUCAAGUCACUCUCAGAGAGUUUUACUGCUAUGCAAAGACUGACAAUGUAUGUACAUGUAUG